GGCAUCUUUACGAUCCGAACGUGAACAUACUUCUUAGAAGUGUUCAAUACUUUUUAAUUUUGCUGUGCAUAACAAUUCAUCAGCAUGCCACCGAAGUUCGACCCGAACGAGAUUAAGCACGUUUACCUCCGGUGCGUCGGUGGAGAAGUCGGUGCCACUUCCUCCCUCGCUCCGAAAAUCGGUCCUCUUGGUCUGUCUCCGAAAAAAGUUGGUGACGACAUUGCCAAGGCAACUGGUGAUUGGAAGGGUUUGAAGAUCACCGUUUGCCUCACGAUCCAGAACCGACAGGCUACGAUUUCCGUUGUACCAUCGGCUGCUUCGCUGAUCGUGAAAGCGCUUAAGGAACCGCCACGCGAUCGUAAGAAGGUGAAAAACAUUAAACACAAUGGCAAUAUCACCUUCGAUGAGGUCGUCAGCAUUGCGCGUGUUAUGCGACCGCGCUCCAUGGCAAGGGAGCUAUCGGGAACCUGUAAGGAGGUGCUCGGAACGGCACACAGCGUUGGUUGCACCAUCGAUGGCCGUGCCCCACACGAGGUAAUUGAGGAUAUUUCGUCCGGUGCUAUCGAAGUACCAUCGGAGUAAGCAACACACCUGGCCCGACAACCGAUUGUUCUUUCGGCGAGCGUGUACAAUAAAAACAAUCUACAAAUAACAGCAAAACAA